AUGGUCCAAGAGGCUGAGAAGUACAAGUCUGAGGAUGAGGAGCACAAGAAGGAGGUCAAAGCCAAGAAUGCUCUUGAGAACUAUGCGUACAACAUGAGAAACACCAUCCGUGAUGACAAGAUAGGUGAGAAGCUUCCUGCUGCAGACAAGAAGAAGAUUGAGGAUUGGGUUGAGGAAGCAACCCAAGGGCUUUGUGGUAACCAGUUGGCUGAAGCAGACGAGUUUGAAGACAAGAUGAAAGAGCUGGAGAGUGUGUGCAACCCGAUCAUAGCAAAGAUGUAUCAAGGAGCUGGUGGUGAAGCAGGUGGUCCUACUGAUGAUGAAGCUCCUCCUCCUGCUGGCCCCAAGAUUGAAGAAGUCGACUGGUUCUUUUGGAAUUGUUUUCCCUUAAUGUCUGGAACGUCUCAAUACUAA